CACCCCCUUUUACCUAAAUGCGCGCUUCUAAAGAUCUUGUUAUGGAUCUUGGCAUUUGAGAAAACAAACAUGGCCCGUUUUGGUAGUUCUGCCUUUUUCGCUAACUGCGCGCCACAAUUCAAUCCUCUAUAUUCUGAUGCGCAAAGUUCUGGGGGGGCCUAUGGCGAGGGAGCUGUGAAAUUAUCCGAACGAGGGUUUGGCCCGUUAGCAGCUGUGCCGUAUUCCUUUGAACCACCGAGAGCGUCUUUGGAUGAGUUCGCGAGGUUUUCUGCGCCGCAGUUCGUAUGGGGUGGUGUUCCAUGGACGGGAAGUGUGCACAGGACGGGUACUGUAGAGUCUGGCGUGAUCCCCACAGUAUACAGUUCAUCUGGGGUAGCCACAACACCGAGCGCCACAACAACAUUCAAGUCAGAUGACGCGUCGACUAGCUUGGGUCACAAGGCUUGGAGUUCAGCUCAGGUGCGAUCAAGAGCACGCACGGCGUACACCGCGUCUCAACAACUUGAGUUAGAAAAAGAGUUCCUCUACUCGCGAUAUAUAACACGGACUCGCAGGAAAGAGCUGGCAAACACGCUAGAUUUGUCCGAGAAACAUAUCAUAAUUUGGUUCCAGAAUCGUAGAAUGAAGAAAAAAAAGACAGACAGUAAUGGUGCAUUCGAAGGAGUGAAGGCGAAUACGAGGGAGAUUCGGGAAAUGUAUAGGAUUGUUGUUGAUGAUGUGUGAUGCGUAAAUUCCCUCUCACUUU